GCCGCGCAGCCCGGCCCAGCCGUCGGCGGCGCCGCAGCCCAGCGCGGCCGAGCCGCCCGCCCCGGCCCCGGUCCCAGUCCCGGUCCCGGUCCCGGUCGCGGCGCAGAUGCCGGUGACGUUUGAGGAUGUGGCGGUCUACUUCUCCCCGGGGGAGUGGAAGGAGCUGGUGGAGUGGCAGAAGGAGCUUUACUGGCACGUGAUGAAGGAGAACUACGAGCUCGUCACCUCGCUGGUCGACGAUGGGGUUUCACGUCUGGAGGAGAAGAGUCACGAGGAAGACGCUGGCGGCUUAGCCCACGUCAAGAGCCUUUCGGGGAAGCUGCGAGAGGCGUUUUCGCAGGCUUUGGUGAGGGCGAGCCCGGGCGGGCUGCAGACCCUGCAGAGGAGCACGGCAGGCGGCACCGCGCAGGAGCGAGCCCCGGGGAGCGGCGUCCAGCCGCGGGCCCCCGCGGCGGGGAGAGCCCGGGGCCGGGCGGACGGGAGCGACUUCGCGGCGUGGCCGCGGACCCGCGGACGGGAGCGGCCGUUCCCCUGCGGCGAGUGCGGGAAGUGCUUCUCCCAGAAGGGCGACCUGAAGAUCCACCUGCGGAUCCACACCGGGGAGCGGCCUUACGGCUGCCCCGAGUGCGGGAAGAGCUUCACCCAGCGCGGGUACCUCAAGAUCCACCUGCGGCUGCACACCGGGGAGAAGCCCUUCCCCUGCACCGACUGCGGCAAGCGGUUCCCCUCCAAGGGGGACCUGAGGAUGCACCAGCGCAAGCACACGGGCGAGCGGCCCUUCCUCUGCAGCGACUGCGGGAAGAGCUUCACCAGGAAAGUCGACCUCCGGGUGCACCUGCGGAAGCACACGGGCGAGAGGCCCUUCUCCUGCAGCGAGUGUGGCAAGAGCUUCACGUCCAAGGGCUACCUCAAGAUCCACCUGGGGCAGCACAAGGGGAAGAGGCCGUUCACCUGCCUGGAGUGCGGGAAGAGCUUCAUUUCCAAGGGCUCGCUCAAGAUCCACCAGCGGAUCCACACCGGGGAGACGCCCUACACCUGCCCCGAGUGCGGGAAGAGCUUUACCACCAAGGGCUACCUGAAGAUCCACCAGCGGCUGCACACGGGGGAGACCCCCUACCCCUGCGACGAGUGCGGGAAGAGCUUCACCACCAAGAGCUACCUCAAGAUCCACCAGAAGAUCCACAUGGAAGGGACGCCCUUCAUCUGCAGCGAGUGCGGGAAGAGCUUCGCCACCACGCGCUAUCUCAAAAUGCACCAGCGGAGCCACGCCGGGAAGCUGACGUUCCCCUGCCCGGAGUGCGGGGAGAGCUUCACGCAGAAGGGCUACCUCCGCGUCCACCAGCGCGUGCACACCGGGGAGGGCCUCUUCACCUGCUCCGAAUGCGGGAAGAGCUUCACGGCCAAGUACCUCAAGAUCCACCAGCGCAUGCACACGGGCGAGAGGCCUUUCACGUGCUCGGAGUGUGGGAAGAGCUUCACAGCUGAGGGCUCCUUGAAAAUCCACCUGAAAAUCCACACCCGGGUGUCGCUGAGCAUCUGCACGGACUGUGGGAAGAGCUUCUCCUCCACUCGCUAUCUCAAGGUGCACCAGAAGGUCCACGUGCGAGAGCAAGUGCCAGCGCCUGCAGAAAAUGGGGAUGGCCCUCUUCCAAAAGCCCCAGCCCCCAUCUCCCAAAAAACCCACUGGGAGAUGAUCUCCUUCACAUGCAAUGAGUGUGGGAAGAGCUUUUGUCAGAAGUCUAAUUUAAUAACCCACCAGAAAACCCACAGGGAGGAGAGGCUGGUGGUUGUAAAGCACAAGAGCAUCCUUGGCUCUGGCACUGCUCCAGCGACGGCCGUGGAGCUGCACCCGCUGGGUCUGGGCCAGGAGAUGCGGCGAGCAGGGAAAGCUCACCUGGACCCAGUUCCUUAUCCCCUUGCAAUGGACUUCAAACCCAGUUUCCAGUUUUCUCAGCUGCCUGCGCCUCUUUCCUCAGGAGUAAAUCUCAGCAUCUCCUGAACUGAUUGUGCUGCACUUUCCUGCCUGAUUUCCUAUUCCACGCAAUUACUUCUUUCCGCAUGGAGUAGCUCUGCCUGGGUUCCUCCACUUAACCCGGUCCCUGGUUCUCCAGCGUUCUCCUGUUCUCCCUCCGCACAGGGAUCGGUCACUGCAGGGUGGCCCCAUCCUGCCCAGCAGCCCCAGUGGAGCUCACACGGGCGGCACCCUCCAGCUCACGACUUCUGCUCAUCCUUCCCUGGGGCACUGGCUCUUCUGCCAACCUGCAUUGGCUUUUCUGCCUCAGCUUCACACCCGGCUCGUGGUUCCUGUCCUGGGAGCCCUCUCGACGCCUGCUGACGUGCUGGAUUUGUGUGUUAAUUGCCGCAGGUCCUCGUUGCUCGCUUGUUUACGCGCGGUGUCCCCGGACUCGCGGUGCGGGAGGUCAGGCCGGCUCUCCGCACUCUUCCACCGCUCCCAGCACCUCGUGCAGCCCCCGGCGUGAGCAAGAGCAGGGCGUGCAGCCUCGUGCCCUGGGGAGCGUCAGCCCGGGUGCGGUGCUGCCGGGCCCUGGGGAGAUGCACAAGGGCAGAUCUGCACCUUCCUCUUCCACGCUCUCCUCUGAAUCGUUAGGGCUGCAGAGGCCACCAGACUCCACUCCCUCUCCCUUCGAUUCCUCUUCCAUGCGCAGCAGCUGUUGAAAGGGUCCCUCAGCACCCACCUGUGUUGUUACCCACCUAUUGUCACAGCCCUUUGUGCUGGUUGAAGGGGAAAAUGCUGCCAGCUGAGACGUUGCAGAGCUCUGCCAUAAAUGCACAGCAAACAAGGUGUUAAUUCCGAGUCUGGCAAAGGAUUAUCUAAGGUAUGAACCACAGCAAAGAUCAGUGACGACACCCUAACAGAAGUCGUUGGAUAUGUCAAGAAGAGGAAGCGCAACCUCCGCAGAGCCUCACUGAGGUAGUGUUACAGGGCCUGUGCUCCCCACCUAAAUCUUUGCGGGGACGCGGCACUGGUCACAGCUCAGCUGGGGCAGAUCAGUGCAGCCGCAGUGAGUUCAGAGCAGCGAUGCCAGGUUAUGCCAGCUGAGGAGGGAGCUGACCGCUUGCUCCUGGAGCCCGUGAACGUGCGGGCUUUGGGGCCGUCCCUACCUGGUGCACGCGGUCAGAGCACUGCAGGCACCGUGGACACCAGACAACUGGUGAUGACUGAAGCUCGUACAGAAGCGUUACGGAGACAAGCAGCCUGGAAAUCAGGACGCGGACUGUUUCUGACAGACGCAUGGUUUUCGAGCUACCCUGUAAAGUGUAGAAGAAGGGACCAUGCUCCUUGGUCUGCGAGUGCAAGCUCCCAUGCGCUUCCUCCUCUGAAGCUGGUCUGAGCCUUUCUCCUGUAAAGCCACAGCGAGUGCUUCCAGCAGCUGUGGACAGUGCUGGGAAAGGCAGAGGGGCUCAGAGGACCCCACGGGGUCGGGGACAGGGCCUCAGAGGCUGAGCAGGCUCUGCCCUCAGGAAGAAAGUGGGACAUUUUACUUGACACCUCGUUCUUUGCUCUGGAAGAAAGAGCAAAAAGCCAUUUGAUGCCUUAACAAAACUGGUGUUUUCAGUCCAGGAACCGGAGCUCAAGCAGCCCCUCUAUGCGCUUCAGAGGGACUUCUUGAGUUUAGCCCAGGGUCAUAAGUUUUCGGAUUGCUUUACGUGCAUACGCAUUUCAUUUGAGGAGUUUCUUGCUGCUGCGCAGGUGCAGGGAUGCUGAUGGAAGCCGGGCUUGCAGCCGUGCAGAGCUGCAGCUGCACCGUGCAGCUUCGCAGCUCAUUCGUGGUGCCGCAAGCACCCCGUGAGGCCGGUCGCACGCAGACACGGCGGGAGUCUCUCCGGGGCCCUCGCCGGACCUCUGACCAGCCCAACCUCUGCCCCAGGCCGUGGAGCUGCUCUGUUGCUGCUCUGGACUGUUGGGCGUGAAAUUCGGCAGUGCCCUGCUGAGCCGGGAGCAGGGGGGCACAGAAAGCCGGGAAGAUGCUUGUGUCGUACACGCACGGCUUGGCCAGCCUGGCAUAAGCCCACGGGCUUUACACCUAAGUUACAGGGGUCAAGGCCCUCCUUUUAUCCCCACGCUGGUUUGCUGUAGCAAUCGGCAUUUCAUAGUGUGCAGGCUGGAAAACUCUGAGACCACCAACCCAGGCGGGCGCUUCUGGAUAGCUACAAUCCUAACAUAAUUUAAUACAUAAAAUAAAGCUCAUGGUUUGGGAUAAAAUAACGCUGAAAUAUCAGUAGUUAUCAUUAUAAACAAAAUAAUGCAAGCUAGUUUUCAUUUGAAAGAAGAAAUUAUAGCCAUCCCGAAGAUAAUAUCUUUAAAAUAUACUGAUGUUGCCUUAAGCAUGAAGAAGGCUUACGAGUGAACCUGCCAGAGAGCUGUGUAACGAGGAUGAAGAUAGAGCACUUACUUCUUAUACCAAAUAUAUUUGAAUAGGAUGCAGAAAGUCAGGCAGUAAAAAAACGGCACUUUUAAAUAACCCGUUACCAGGUGGAGAAACAGAGGAGCUCAGACUGGAUUGCACCGCUCCUGGCUGCGGGUACCGCUGCUGUCGCUCGCAGCUCCUGGGAUGAACCGCGGUAGCGCUUCGAGGACGCGGGCUCCUUCGAUGGCCGGGGACGGAAACCCGCCCCCCCCCCCCAAGCCCCCACAUUUCACUGCACUUGUGCGGUAGCAGAGCGUGGUGCCCACGUUCGGCUUGGAGUCAGCCGCUCCGCUGGCAUGAUUUAUGCCUGUUAGUCCUGGUUUCUUUUUUUGCUUGUUCUAUAUUUCUGAAUAAAGAGAGUUUAAUGAGAA